ACAUCCUCCUCCCCUUUUACCCCAUUUCCACAGAUCAACGCCGCCGAAGCAGCCGAGCCAAAAUCAACAAUGGUGUCCGGUUCAGGGAUCUGCGCGAAGAGGGUGGUCGUCGACGCCCGCCACCACAUGCUCGGCCGCCUCGCCUCGAUCCUCGCCAAGGAGCUCCUCAACGGCCAGAAGGUCGUCGUCGUCCGCUGCGAGGAGAUUUGCCUGUCCGGCGGACUGGUCCGCCAGAAGAUGAAGUACAUGAGGUUCCUGAGGAAGCGCAUGAACACCAAGCCUUCCCAUGGCCCCAUCCACUUCCGCGCUCCUUCGAAGAUCCUCUGGCGCACCAUCCGCGGCAUGAUUCCUCACAAGACCAAGCGCGGGGAGGCCGCGCUCGCCAGGUUGAAGGUCUACGAGGGCGUCCCGCCGCCUUACGACAAGGUCAAGAGGAUGGUGAUCCCCGACGCUCUCAAGGUUUUGAGGCUGCAGAGUGGUCACAAGUACUGCUUGUUGGGCAAACUCUCCUCUGAAGUUGGAUGGAAUCACUAUGACACCAUCAAGGAGCUUGAGAGGAAGAGGAAGGAGAAGUCCGCUGUCAUGUACGAGAGGAAGAAGCAAUUGGCGAAACUUAGGGUUAAGGCCGAGAAGACCGCUGAUGAGAAGCUCGGCGCCCAGCUCGAGGUCAUUGCUCCCAUCAAAUAUUGAUCUUGUUUUCCCAAACAAAAACUUGGUUUCCUAUGUGUUGCUGCAUGAUCUUUGUAGGGGUUUAAUCUUUGCAAGUUUUCAGAGAAUAUGUAUUUUGAUCUUUCUGGUUUUGUCGUGGAUUUAUCUGAAGAGAGUGGAUUAAUUUUUGUUAUAGUUACAUUGAGAUCCUCGUUCUUGCAACCUUCGCCUGCUUUGCUAUGUGUUAGAUUAGAUUGGCAAAUUAUAACCCGAAAUCCAAGUGACCUGAACUCGAUAAAACGCGAUUUUUUUGGUCGGGUUGGUUAGUUGUUUGACCCGUUAGAUCCGUUCUUUUUAAUAUAUUACUCCUCAAAAAUUAUAUAAUCACUAAUUACUCCUCAAAAAUGAUAUAAUCACUCAUAAAUUAGUGAGAUAUUUUAAAAAAAAAUUCACAAGGAUUUGAAUGACAUGUUAGGAGUUAAGGAUAAUCAAAUAUCAUUUCUUUUAGUAGUAGUAAUUGUUUUUUUAUGAUUUGCGCAAUUUAUAUUUCAUUUCAUUAGCGUGGGAGGAUUUGAGAAUAUGUUAAUUGACAUGUUUUAGGUAAAUUAUUGUUAUGCAUAUGUGAAAAUUUGUGUUCUUUAAGAAAAUAUGAAGCACGUUUGAUAUUGUUUCUGAGAAUGCUCAUAACCAGAAGUGACAUGUAACCUGACCCGAAAUCGAAUUGGUUGGGUCAAUAUUUGACUCGAAAUAAACCAAUCAAAUAUGACCCGACCCGUAAUCGAAGUUCCCAACUUGAAAUUAGCCAACUCGACCUGAUUGCCAGGGCUACUGUCAAAUUAUUCGAAGAUGUUUGGACUCUUCAGUCUUCAUCUCCCUUCAUAGCUCAUUCUACCAUAAACUAUAAUAGGGAAUGUUCUUUCGCAUCCUGUAGUUCGAGGGCAUGAGUCUAUUUCCAAACAUUAUUUUUGGUUGAGCCGCCAUUGAAGAUGGCAGUGACAACCUCUAUUCAGUGAUUUCAUAGAAAGUAGUAAACUCCAUUUCUGGUCAUAGGCGUGAACUAAACCUAUGACUUCGUGAUUGAAGGAUGAAGUGAUCAACAACGAAGCAACUGUGGGGUUUUUUUUCCCCUCGCUUGUUGCAUUAUGUUUGCUGGUGAAAAUUAGGAAACUAUAAUCAGAAAACUAGGGGUUACUGCUACUUUUGGUCAUUGAGAUUACUAAAUCGUGUCAUGUCUAGUCAGUCAAGAAAUUUAAUAUCAAUUUUGGUCACUCGAAUUAUUGAAACAUAUUACAUUUAGUCACUCUCCCGUUAGUUUCCGUCCAAGUCCAUUAAUGGAGUUGGACGGAGGUUAACGGGAGAGUGACUAAAUGUGACCUGUUUCAGUAAUUCGAAUGACUAAAUGUGACAUGUUUCAGUAAUUCGAGUGACCGGAAUUGGAUGAAGGCUAACGGGAGAGUGACUGAACGUGACAUGUUUUAUUAAUUCGAGUGACCAAAAUUGAUAUUAAAUUUUUAUAGUGGCUAAGCAUGACUCAAUUUAGCAAUUUCAUUGACCAAAUGUGACAUUUACCCGAGAAAACUAUAAUAAGCUCCACCUGCAAAUCAACAUUAAAUUGUAGUAGAUGGAUGAUUGAUGAAGUAGGUGGACUGUGGACAAAAUUUUCUAGCCACACUUAUUUAGAUCGGUGGUGAGUGGGGUUGGGUUACCCGAUCUUCACAUUUCAGUCUCAAUGAAAAAUAAUGUUUUCUUGUUUAUAUUAUCGAAUAGUAAUCAUAUUUUGUUAGUGCACCAUAUACGAAAUAGAAAUUAUAUUAAAGUAUAGGAUAUUGCUUGCUCCAUGAUUGACAAAUUUUGUUCUGUUGUUUUUAUUGGAAACCCGAGGUGGAAUAAAAGAAAAUCAUUAUU